GUCGGUGCUCCUUUCAUGAGCGCCAUUUUCAACGUGCUGCUUGAAAGGAUAGCUUCUUCCGAAAUAGCUGACUCCUUCAGGAAGAAUAGCUCCGUCAAGUUGCUCAGAAGUUGAAGAUAACCUUGUUGUCUGUUAAUGCCGUACUUAACAAUGCGGAAGAGAAGCAGUUGAGAAAUUCAGCGGUGAAGGAGUGGCUCGAUGAGCUUAAAGAUGUCGCAUUUGAUGCUGAUGAUCUCCUGGAUGAGAUUUACACCGAUUCAAAAUCCAACGCGAACGAGGUAAACGCCCUAGAGUCUGCUACUACGAAGUUUUUUGAUAGAAUAGAGGUUGAACGGAAACUGGAAGAUAUUCUUGAAAGAUUAGAAUUCGUCAUAAAACAGAAAGAAACCCUUGAUCUAAAAGCUGGUAGAGAAGCCCAAAUGGGCCAGAAGACACCAACUUCGUCUGUAAUAGAGGCAUGUGAUGUGUACGGAAGGGACACUGAUAAAGACGUCUUGGUUAAGUUGUUGUCGUCACAUGAUAGUGAUGAUGAAACUGUGGGUGUCAUUCCCAUAGUGGGAAUGGGAGGAGCUGGGAAAACCACUUUAGCUCAACUGGUAUACAAUGAUGAAAGAGUACAGAAGGAAUUUGACCUCAAAGCAUGGAUUUAUGUGUCUGAAGAAUUUGAUAUCUGCAAGAUUACCAAAAACCUUUUGGAGACUAUCACUUCUUAUAGCUGUGGUUUUGAAGACUUGAAUUCACUCCAGCGCAAUUUAAAAAGUUUUUUGAUGAAGAAAAAGUUUUUGUUUGUGUUUGAUGACGUUUGGAAUGAGAAUUAUGAUAACUGGGAAAAGUUUAGCAGACCAUUUAAACACACAGGUGCCCAAGGAAGUAAGAUUAUUGUAACUACACGAAGUGGUUAUGUUGCAUCCAUCAUGCAAACUGUUCCGGCUUAUAAUGUCAGUGUGUUGUCAAAUGAAGAUUCUUGGCAUCUUUUUGCAAAACAUGCAUUUGGUUACAGAGAUUCAAAUAUCAAUCAUAGUGUGGAGAAAGUAGGUAAAGAAAUAGUUAGAAAGUGCAAAGGAUUGCCUUUGGCAGUGAAGACACUUGCGGGGCUUUUGAGAGCUAAAAGUGAUAAGCAGGAAUGGUUGAAAGUAUUAAGAAGUGAGAUAUGGGAUCUGCAAGACCAUGAGAGUAAUAUUCUUCCAGCUUUGAGACUAAGUUAUCAUUAUCUCCCCGCACAUUUGAAAAGAUGUUUUGCUUACUGUUCAAUUUUUCCAAAAGAUUAUGAGUUUGAGAAGGAGACAUUAACUUUGUUGUGGAUGGCAGAAGGUUUGCUGCAGCAAUCAAAACGACAUAAAAGGGUUGAAGAAGCUGGGUAUGAAUACUUUUUGGAAUUAGCAUCUAGAUCUUUUUUCCAGCAAUCAAGACGUGAUAAGACAUGCUUUGUAAUGCAUCAUCUUGUAAAUGAUUUAGCAAAAUUUGCAUCAGGAACCUUUUCUGUCAGAAUUGAAGAUACCAAUUAUAAUGAAAUUGGAGAAAGAACUCGUCAUUUGUCACAUAUUAUUGCAGAUAGUUCCUCAAAUCUAAACAUGAAUGAUGUUUGCAAAGCAAAUCGCCUUCGCACAUUUCUGCAAAUACAGUUGUUUUCUACAUCCAUUGACUUGUUCAACAACAUGCCAAAUGAUAUGUUGAUGAAGCUAAGCCGCUUAAGGGUGUUAACCUUGGUAGGUGGGUAUUUGUACAAUUUGCCAGAUUCAAUUGGUGAGCUAAAGCAUCUUCGGUAUCUAAAAGUAUCUGACACCAAGGUUAUCAGGUUACCAAAAUCCGUCUGCAGCUUGUACAACUUACAAACACUGAAGUUAAUUCGAUGCUGUAGUCUCAUGGAACUGCCUACAAGAUUACAUGAUCUUGUUAACUUGCGUUACCUGGAUAUCAGUGGCACCUGUUUGGAAUGGAUGCCAUUGCACAUGAGCAAGUUAAGAAACCUCCAAAAGUUGAGUGACUUCUUUCUUGGAAAUCAAUGCGGAUCUAUCAUUGGUGAAUUGGGUGGACUAAAUGAUUUACAUGGAUCAUUGUUCAUUCAUGGCUUAGAACAUGUUGUUGACGACAAGGAUUCUGAAAAAGCAAAGUUGAAGGAAAAGAGCUGUCUUGACAGAUUAGCUUUCAAGUGGUGCGGGAGUGGUGAUACUGAUGAUUCACAGCUUGAGAAAAGAAUACUGACCAGCCUACAACCAAAUACAAAUUUGAAGGAGCUUGUUAUCCGUGGUUAUCCAGGCACAGAAUUUCCCAAAUGGUUGGGGGACAAUUCCUUCUUCAACAUGGUGUCUUUACAACUAAAGGGUUGUAAAUAUUGCUGCAAGUUGCCAGCACUUGGACAGCUCCCAUCGUUGAAAGAGCUUCGAAUCAGUAGAUUUGAUGGAUUAGUCAGCAUUGGCCCUGAGUUUUUUGGCAAUCCUGCUGGAGCUAUAAGCUUCCCUGCCCUUGAAAUUCUAAGAUUUGAGCAUAUGUCAGCAUGGGAGAAUUGGAGUCCUGAGGCUAACACUGGUUGCAAGGCUCUCAGUCAACUUCGAGAACUUCAUAUAGAGAGUUGUGCCAAGCUGACGGGGGAUUUACCUAGUAACCUUCCAUCUUUGAAGCUACUCAUAAUCAGAGACUGCCAUCAGCUCCUUUGUUCACUUCCCACUGCCCCUGAUUUGCGUGUAUUGAACAUUCAGAGUUGUGGGAAUUUAGAAUUCCCAGUUCAUGGUCCUCAGUGCUACGGGUUACUCACAUCCAUGUACUUACUUGAUAGCUUUGAUUCACUCAAGUUCUUGCCAUUAGAUCUCUUCCACAACCUCAAGUCUUUAGAUAUAAGGGGUUGUAACAAUCUGGAAGCUCUGACAGUUUCUGAAUCAGGUGCAACUCCUCCGAAUCUCCCAUCACUCAGAUCCUUGAGCAUUAGACAUUGUCCAAAAUUUGCAUCUUUUACCAAGGGAGGAUUAUCAGCCCCAAAACUCACUUUGUUGACAAUCAACUACUGCCAGAAGUUGAAGUCUCUACCCGAGCAAAUUCACAAUCUGAUGCCGAGUUUGAAGGAAGUCCAGCUUCGAGGUUGUCCACAAAUGGAGUCAUUUGAGAUGAGACCCCUCAGAGUUCGGAUUUGUAAUAAAUUGAGAGAGGAGAAACAGAACCUAUCUGAUCCUGUAUUUGCUAGUUUUGAGGGACUUUCCUCUAUUUGUAGCCCCUCAUCAAGGUAGACAACUUGAAAGAGUCAAAGCUUUCCCUGGUCAGCAAUACAGUUAACAUACGUGACUUUAUAAUUGGCAUGUAAUGAUGUUUUGAUUAUGUGCUGUCAUUGCUGCCCUAUUGCUAUGUACAUCGCAUCUGUCAUUUAAUGGCUUUUAAAUUUAUAGGCUUUCUGUGAUAUGGUCA